AUGAGCUGCCUCACCGAUCAGAAUCCUCAUCUCAGCUCCGAUCUCACCACCAAUACUCACCACCGAUUACAUCUGACAGCUCAGAUGGACGAGAUGGAUGGUAUCAACGACAACGACGAGGUUGUGCUUUUUGAAUGUAAUGCUGAGUUCCAGGUCUUCUGUAAGAAAGGAACCACCGCAAAGUUCACCUGGAAAGGGUUUUCAAACAAACAUCCCAUCCUGGUCGAAGUGAUCCCAACUGUAACGACAUAUGAAGUAUUCAAAACCAAUAUAAUCAAAGCUUGCGAUCAAGAACGGGCAGGCAUAGGUGCAAUGAUCUUGGCUGACAGUCUUGCUCCGACCCAUCCUCUUGGAAUCAAGUGGACAUGCUGGAUUGCAACAGUGCCUACCUAUCUCAAGAAUAAGUUUCAUCCUCUCAACGAUCAAGCUGAUUUUGAUACAUGGGUCAAGAAGGUUUGCGAUUUCCCUGGUAAAAAAGCUGGUGUAUGUAUGAAGAUGGAGAAACCAAUAAGUGAGGCUGAACGCGCCCAAGAAGAUAAUAUGCUAGACCAAGCAGUCCGAGGGAUACCAGGUGCAGAUGGUCAACUUCUAGACAGGCAACUUGGCGAUGACGACGACGCAGGUGAAGAAGACAUCACCAUUGCGAAGAUUACAUCGAUGGACAAGACUCGUUAUGUCUUGCUUACUCCGGACCGUGUAAACAGAUGGGCAAGAGCUAUUCAUGAUCCAGCAAUCCAUGGGCAGCACUUUCUAGAGCUCCUCCUAGACAACGCUAUGGCUUUGUAG